UGGAGAGUUCAAAAAAAUCAGACUUUGACCAACUUGGUGGUACUUCCGUUGAGACUUAUUAAAGAAACAACGGGCUAAGGUAGUGUGCUUUUCAGGAACGAAAAAAAGUAACCUUAAUGUAACUGCUCCUCAUGAAUCUUAAUGAUGCUGAGGUAUAAGUAAAAGUAAUUUUAACUGUAAGCAGAGACUCACAUUAGGUCUAGGAGUCUUGCUUAAAACACCAGUAAGAUACUGUAAAAGGUGUGCAAUAUGGCGAACUCUGAAAAUACUCGGGAAAGACGCAAGCAAUGUGAUGAUGAAGGACUUGUGAAGCAUACAGGAGGCUGCCACUGUGGUGCGGUCCGAUUCCAGGUGUGGGCUUUGCCAGAUUUGCACGUCUUCAGCUGCAGCUGCAGCAUUUGCACCAAGAAACAGAACCAUCAUUUCAUUGUUCCAGCUUCAAGGUUCAGUCUGUUACAGGGAGCUGAGAGUUUAACCACGUACACGUUUAACACCCACAUUGCCAAACACAUGUUCUGCAAGACAUGUGGCGUGCAGAGCUUCUACAGGCCUCGAUCCAACCCUGAUGGAUAUGCUCCUGAGCGCUGUGUGUGCUUUGUGUGCGUCUCCAGGUGUAAUGCCGCACUGCCUGGAUGAGGGCACAGUGCGGAGUGUCAGACUGGAGGAGUUCAAUGGAAAGGAGUGGGAGAAUGCCAUGGGACAGCACCAGACGAUCAGGAGCAUGUCAAAGACCUGAACUGAAUGUGUGAAAUGUGUUGUGCUGGACCCAGUUCCCCCUCUGUGGGCAGUCUCUCAGAGCAUGAGCAUGGAGACUGAACUACACUCUCACUGCCAGUCUUAACCUUUUCAUACCUUUGGGAAAUUUGAAAUAGAUGCAUUUUAAAGUUUAAUUCUUUUAAAAAUCGAAAUAUACUACCCCAGAUAGAGGUGAUGAUGAUGACAAUGAUAGAUUUUAAAAUACAAGAGGAAUCAGAAAUACUUAUUUCUUGUCAGACUUGGUAGCUAUGUAAUAAAAACUGCUAUAAAAUG